AUGGAGAGCAAGUUGUCGUCUAUGGAUAAUUUUGUUUUAGAUUCACCUCUGGAUUCACAUCCUAUUACUUCACAGUCUCAAUAUGAAGAAUUGAAUGCCAAAUUAGAAAAUCUGCGGAUGGAGAUGCAAAGAACGUUAAAAGGGAAAGCUAUAGUAGUAGUAAAUAUAGUUCACACUCCCUCGGGGCAUUCAAUUCUGAACACUCCUGAUUUUGCUGAAAAUCAAUUUAAUAUGAAAGUUAAAGUUGUGAGGACAGAUAAUGGUAGUGAGUUUGCCAAUCACAAGGAUGCUAAUUUAUUUCAUUCUAAAGGAAUUUGGGUAUGGGACUUGUAUGGUAAAGGGCACCUUCUGGAAGCUGUGGACAUAAGGUUAAGUAAAGAAUUCGAUGAGUGGCAAUUGGAAUGCUUGAUGAUUGUUGGAUUAUGGUGCUGCCAUCCUGACUCUGCACUUCGGCCACCUAUAAGGCAAGUGAUAAAUGUCCUGAAUUUUGAAGCUCCAUUGCCUAGCCUUCCAGCAAAGUUGCCAGUGCCAAUUUAUUGUGCACCUCCCAUGAGUCAGUGCAAGUUCUCCUACACAUCGUCGGGCUUGACAACUUCUGAGAGCAGCUGCACUACGAAUUCCUCGCUCUUGACAGGUGGGUCUACAAAAUCUCUUUUGAAACAAGGGAAACAUAAUGUCUGA